AGGCGCGAGGACAAGCACGAGCCCCUCCUGGUGGGCUACCCUCCCCCCUACGGCCACCCCCGCUCCGACCGACUGGUCCCCGAAACGGUGGCGGCGGUUUGUGGUCGUUGGUCCCACGGAUUUAAGACCAACAAUUGAAGACCCGAAGGGGAACUGCAACCAUGAAUGAAGAAAAUAUAAAUGGAACAAAUGGAUGCAGUAAAGUUCGAACUGGUACUCAGAAUGAAGCAGCAUUACUUGCUUUGAUGGAAAAGACUGGUUACAACAUGGUUCAAGAAAAUGGGCAAAGGAAAUUUGGUGGUCCUCCUCCAGGGUGGGAAGGUCCACCUCCACCUAGGGGCUGUGAAGUUUUUGUAGGAAAAAUACCUCGUGAUAUGUAUGAAGAUGAGUUAGUUCCUGUAUUUGAAAGAGCUGGGAAAAUAUAUGAAUUUAGACUUAUGAUGGAAUUUAGUGGUGAAAAUCGAGGUUAUGCUUUUGUGAUGUACACUACAAAAGAAGAUGCUCAGUUAGCCAUCAGAAUUCUUAAUAAUUAUGAAAUUCGACCAGGGAAGUUUAUUGGUGUGUGUGUGAGCUUGGAUAAUUGUAGAUUAUUUAUUGGAGCCAUUCCCAAGGAAAAAAAGAAAGAAGAAAUUUUAGAUGAAAUGAAGAAAGUUACAGAAGGAGUUGUAGAUGUCAUUGUUUAUCCAAGUGCAACUGAUAAGACCAAAAAUCGUGGUUUUGCAUUUGUUGAAUAUGAAUCUCACAGAGCUGCUGCUAUGGCUAGAAGAAAAUUAAUUCCAGGAACUUUCCAACUAUGGGGCCAUACCAUUCAGGUAGAUUGGGCUGAUCCAGAGAAAGAGGUUGAUGAGGAAACCAUGCAGAGAGUUAAAGUUCUCUAUGUAAGAAAUUUAAUGAUCUCAACUACAGAGGAAACGAUUAAAGCAGAAUUCAACAAGUUUAAGUCUGGUGCAGUUGAACGAGUAAAGAAACUUAGAGAUUAUGCUUUUGUUCACUUUUUCAACCGAGAAGAUGCAGUGGCUGCUAUGUCUGUUAUGAAUGGAAAAUGCAUUGAUGGAGCAAGUAUUGAGGUAACACUGGCAAAACCAGUAAAUAAAGAAAACUCUUGGAGACAGCCUCUUAAUGGUCAGAUUAUCCCCAAUGCUGAAAACCUGAUUGUUUUUACUAACAAAGAAGAGAGCCACCCAAAAACUUUAGGCAAGCCACCAACUCUUCCUGCUCGUCUCAAUGGUCAGCAUAGUCCAAGCCCCACUGAAAUUGAAAGAUGCACUUACCCUUUCUUUCCUGGGACAAAGCUUAGUCCAAUUAGUAUGUAUUCUUUAAAAUCUAGUCAUUUUAAUUCUGCAGUAAUGCAUUUGGAUUAUUACUGCAACAAAAAUAAUUGGGCACCACCAGAAUAUUACUUAUAUUCAACAACAAGUCAAGAUGGGAAAGUACUCUUGGUAUAUAAAAUAGUCAUUCCAGCUGUUGCAAAUGGAUCUCAGAGUUACUUCAUGCCAGACAAACUCUGUACUACGUUAGAAGAUGCAAAGGAACUGGCAGCCCAGUUUACAUUACUUCAUUUGGACUACAAUAUCCAUCGCAGCUCAAUAAAUAGUCUUUCCCCUGUUAGUGCUACCCUCUCUUCUGGGACUCCCAGCGUGCUUCCUUAUGCUGCACGGCCUUAUUCUUAUCCAGGCUAUCCCUUGUCAUCAACUAUAUCACUUGCUAAUGGCAGCCAUGUUGGACAGCGGCUAUAUAUCUCCAAUCAGUCCUCAUUCUUCUGAAGAAAAUAUUCUAAACUUUAGUAUGAAAAUUUUUUUGUGUAAAGCUUGCAAAUUAAAAUACUGUUUUAUUUUAGAAUCGGGUUUGCACAUUUGGUUUUAAAAUGAAAAUAUAUUUAUUCCAACAUACUAGACAUCAACUAUAAUCCAGAAUAACUGAGUUGUUGAAUUUAUAAAAAUGCAAAGUUUAAAAGUUAUUUAGUGGUUUCUCUUGAUAAAGGUAUAACAAAUUACUAUUCUUUUUAAACUUUUGGAAUUUUGUUCUAAUUCUUGAGUGGGCAAUAGGAACCAGUAGGUUAUGUUAAUUUUUUGCAUAAUAACUUUGGUAAAUAGCAUUUCAUAAAUAUUAAAGUACUUGAAGACAGUGGUUAUAUUAGAUUUUUGAUUACCAAGGAUCACUAUCUAUAUUGGAGAUUAGAGCCAUUAUAUAACCAGAAGCAUCUAACUAUUAUGUAGAAAGAAAUGAUGAGGCAAAAGAUUAAGAUGCAGAUUUUAUGCAGUAUUAAAGAAAAAGCAGCCUACCAUUGUGGUCCUUGAAAAUAACCAUAAAUAUUUAGUUAAUAAUUAUUUGUUACAGAAGUAAAUUAUAAUUUUGCUGUUAAUGUAUUUAAGGUUUUUAUAGUUAACCUUCAUUUGUGUUUUUGAUAUUCACUGUAUUGUUUGAAUAAGUGUUACAGUUUUUUAAUGUUGAAAUCAUGUGUUGUUUAAUUUUUGUACUUGAAUUCAAAUUCUUAGACAUUAAAUGUGUGAUGCUUCUAA